AUGUACAACGAAUUCGAGAAACAGUCCAAGUCAGAAAACAAGGUGAUCGCCAGCAUGGGAUACAAGAAGGUGCGCUUAAAAGGAGGCUUACGAGUGGGUCAAGGAAUUAUCAUAAUACUCACAACAUUGAUCUGUGGGGUCUUCUCGAAUCGACCACCCCGUUUUGCGAUCGAUGGACAAUCCGAAAUUGUGCUAAGACUGAAGGAGAGCCCCGAGACGAAGGUGGGCAGUCACAUAUACACAUUGAGGGGCUACGAUCCCGACAACGAUCCUCUGAUUUUUGGCAAGCGUAACUCUCACGACAGCGACGUCAUUCGCAUUGAGAGCACGGGCGGCAAUGAGGCAAAGGUUUAUUUGGCCAAGGAGUUGGAUCGUGAGGCGCAGGACGAGUAUGCCAUAGUGCUCACCCUGACGGACAGUCACUUUAGCGAUCACAACUAUGUGACGCAGAGUUUCCUGCUGCUCGUCGAGGACAUUAAUGACAAUGCUCCCAUCUUUCUGCCCUAUCAAAAUGCCAUUGAAAUACCAGAGGGCAGUGCUCCGGGUGUGAUCAGCACCCUGGAAGCCACCGAUGCAGAUGAGGGAGCAUAUGGUCAGGUGGUUUACUAUCUGCAGGAACUGGACGGGGAUAACGAUAUCUUCAGCAUUUCCACGCAUCAAGGCAAGGGCAUAUUGAGACUUCAGAGGGAACUGGACUAUGAAACCAAGAGCUUGUAUCAACUGCGUGUACUGGCUAUCGAUCGGGCCAAUCAAGGACCGGUCAAUACGGGCACUGCAGCUAUAUUAGUCAAGGUCAAGGACAUCGAGGAUCAGCCGCCUGAGUUUGUGGAAGUUCAGGCUGUUGCACGCAUUGCCGAAGAUUCUCCUGUAGGCACAAAAGUACUACGAGUGCGUGCCAUCGAUGGAGAUCGUGGAAUCAACAAUCCGAUUGCCUAUGCCCUGGACGGUAAUGAUCUGUUCGACAUCGAUAGUCACACGGGCGUGGUCCACACUCUGACCGUGCUGGAUCGCGAGGAGGAAAGCGAUCAGGUAAAUGGUGCUCACAUACUGAGGAUCACGGCAACGGAGCUAUCAAAGUCGGCGGAAGGAACACAACAAGCUCCCUCAACGGUUCGCACCGAGGUGACGAUCAUUGUGACAGACGUGAAUGAUGAGAUUCCCACCUUUGGGGAAACGAUCUAUCGCUGUGAGGUCAAUGAGAAUGCUCAGACCAAUACCCCGUUGAAUUUCCUAGAUGGGGAAGUGCAGAAUAUCGUUUACGAUCAUGACGAGGGAAAAAAUGGCACAUUUCGUUUGUUUCUCGAUCCGCCCAACGAUCUAUUCGAAAUUGUGCCCGAGCUGGCGGUAAAUGAAGCUAACUUUAUGUUACGCGUAAGGAAUUCCAAAUCCUUGGAUUUUGAGGAGUUUGUGGAGAUUAACUUUACGAUAUUCGCUCGUGAGAUCGAUGAACCAAGCCGCUGGAGCUCGGCGCACGUGCAAAUCUUUAUACGCGAUCAGAACGACAACUUUCCCGAGUUCACUCAAUCGGUCUACAAUGCAGGCGUGCCAGAGAAUAGCGAACUGGGCACGAUUAUCGCUAAGGUAGAGGCAAUUGAUGUCGAUUCCGGAGACUUCGGAACCAUGGGCAUACGAUAUACGAACCUGAGAGGAGGAAUCGCACACUUGCUACAUUUGAACCCUAUAACGGGUAUUAUCACGAUCAAAACAGCGGGAAGUGCUGCUUUCGAUCGGGAAAUAAUCUCCCGUCAUUAUUUGACGGUGGAAGCCAUUGACAACGUGGGACAGGGAAAUCGAAAUACUGCUCAGAUCAUAGUCGAUAUUCAGGAUGUUAAUGAUAAUGCGCCCACCUUUCUGCAACGUCAGUAUGAGGCAAAGCUCCUGGAGAACAAGGGGGAGUUUGAGACUCCUCUCCAGGUGGAAGCCCGCGAUCUGGAUCUGAAUGGCACCGAGAACAGCCAAGUAACCUAUGAGAUAGUCGAAGGUCUCUAUCGCAUGAACUUUACUAUCGAUCCUGAAAGUGGUUUGCUGCGUCCCCUACAUCACUUUGACUAUGAGGAGUUGGUGGACAACAAUCGACGACAUGUGCGCCAGGCCAAUGCAGAUAUGCGAGAGAUUGAACUGCUUAUACGUGCCCGGGACUCGGGAAUUCCCAUGCUAUCCACCGUAGUCCCUGUUCUGAUCUAUGUGCAGGAUGUCAACGACAAUCCGCCCAUCUUUCAGAAGAAUUUCUAUUCCAAAACUGUGCCCGAGGAUCUUCCCGGCGGUAGCUCCGUACUCCAAGUGCUGGCCGUCGACCGCGAUGGAUCCUCGCCCAACAAUGCGAUCGUUUAUCGCAUACAAAAGGGCGCUAGUGAUAAGUUUAUUAUCAAUUCAGAAACCGGCGUUAUCUAUGUGGCCCAGGGUGCCAAUCUUGACCCCGAUUUGACCGAAAGCAAACGCCUGCUCUACACUCUGAAUGUGAUCGCGCUGGAUGGUGGCCUGGGAAGCUCUCAACUAAUGAACACAGCGACUGUGAAUAUCAGCAUCAAGGAUGUCAACAAUAAGCCGCCAAUGCUAAGUGAUCUGCCUGCUCUAAAAAUCUUGGAAAACACUCCAGUGGGCACUAUGGUAUAUCAGAUACAGGCUACCGAUCCCGAUCAGAAACCCAUACUGCGCUAUAAACUAAAUGCUGAGCUUUCCGAGACACGCAAUGAGGAAGGUGGAUUGGUAAAGAUCAGUGAAUAUGAUUACAUAGGCGCCUUCGAUUUGGAUCCCAUACAGGGUCAUCUCAAGGUGAUCAAGCUGUUGGAUCGCGAAAAAGUCGAGCAUAUCAAACUGGCAAUUACCGUGGAGGAUCUGGCUGCGGCCAAGGGCAAGCAAAUAGUUGAAGCCUUUCUGAGCAUUCAAAUUCUGGACGAGAACGAUAACAAUCCGAAGUUUAGGCAACCUUUCUAUAAGCAAACUAUAACGGAAAACAGCAUCAAUGGUGUGAUGAUCGCCAAUAUCCUGGCCUAUGAUGUGGACAAGAAUCGCACCAUUACCUAUGCUCUGGAGGGGAAUCCUGCACACAGGAAUCUAGUUCACUUGGAUGCCCAAACAGGCGCCAUUGUGGUGGCCAACAAGAUCGAUCACGAGCAGCAUCAGUGGCUCAACUUCAGCGUUCGUGCCACAGAUUCGGGUGUGCCACAACGAUCUGCUCUCGUCGAUGUCUUUGUGACUGUGCUGGAUGAGAACGAUAACAAUCCUUACUUCAUUGGUGGCAGUAAGAACUACACGAUCAGCGAGAAUGCCGAGCCCGGCACUAGAGUUGCUACCAUUCAGGCAGCUGAUGCUGAUGCCGGAGACUUUGGCAAGAUCACUUUUCUCAUGGAUCGCAUCAGUUCCCAGGGCAAGUUUUCCAUAGAUGCCGAUACGGGGGUUUUAACUGUGGCCGAUAAACUGGAUAGGGAAACAAAAAACUCGUAUAAUCUGGUGAUCGAGGCUUGGGACAAUUAUCAGUUUGGCUUUCUGGCUGGAGAAAGUCGCAAUGCCUUCAAGCAAGUGUUCAUUACCAUAUUGGAUGAGAAUGAUAAUGCUCCAGAGAUUAGCUUGCCCACGAGCUGUGUUCUCAUCACAGAGUAUCACGAGCUGCACGAGAGCAUUGCCAGUAUUGUGGGCAAGGAUGCGGAUGACGCUGCCACGCCCAACGGACGCCUCGAAAUGGCCAUUACCCAGGGAAACCGAGAAGGCCUCUUUGAGUUAAAACAACUUGACCCCUGGAAUGCUCACAUCUACGCCAGCAGAACACUACGCAACAAAUUUGGCAACUAUAGUCUGACCAUUACCACCAGGGAUCUGGGUGUACCGGCUAACAUAGUCCAAAGCAACCUGGACAUUUGCGUCUCGGACUUCAACGAUCAUGCUCCGGUUUUUGUGAGACCUUUGCACAAUACCACAGUGCGUGUUCCGGAGAAUGCCACAGUGGGCACAAUGAUACUUCAAGCGUAUGCGAGUGAUGCGGACAUGGGUCAGAAUGCCUUGGUGCGAUAUCGCCUUAAGCCUGAUCCUCUAGGGAGUUACAAGCUCUUUGAUAUGAAUGCCAAUACGGGAGAGUUGUUCCUGAAGGAAGCUCUCAAUCGGGAUAAACAAAAGAUACACGAGAUAAGAAUCGAGGCCUACGAUCAGGGGUUGCCCACCUCGCUGAGCACAGAUCUCGAUCUGAUCAUCUACAUACGCAAUGUCAACGAUUACGAGCCACAGUUUAUUGUCAAUGAGCUGUCUGUUAACUUUACGGAACACUCUGAUCCGGGCUCGGAGCGGAUUAAACUACCCGAUACCAUAGACAAGGAUGAAAUGGAUCUAGACGAUCCGAACGAGGCGCCCAGUCAGGUGUGUUACUUCAUACUGCAUGGAAAUGAGGAGGGAUACUUUCGCCUGGAUCCCGAAACACAUGUGUUGACCGUAGAGCGUCAACUCGAUCGUGAACUGAUCGCCAAUUUUACAUUGUAUGUGAAGGCCACAGAGAACUGUGCCAAUGAAACACUCCUUCAGAUAGACCCGAUGAUGCAGGGUCAACAGAUUGGUCAUCCACAUUCCGACAAGAUCAACUACGAUCGCUUCAAGCAUUCGCGUCAAUUGCGUGUGGUCAACGUUGAGUUUGAGAUGUCCACACCUGGAGAACCGGAUGUCUUAUCCUACGAGAACUACAGCGGCGAGGAGAGACAGCUUCAGGUGGAGAGCCCUCCCAAAUUGGACAGCACUAUUGUGUGUGUGAAGGUGCGUGUUCUAGACAUCAACGACAAUCCGCCACGAUUUCGAUCGAAGAUCUUCACUGGAGGCAUCACAACCAAUGCGGAUUUUGGUCUGAGAUUCAUGAGUGUGGAGGCAACAGAUCCGGAUGAAGGAGCCAAUGCAAAGAUCACCUACUAUCAGGUGGGAGAUAUAAGACAAACCCUAUCCGAGGGCCUGGAGAAUGUGCGUAAGGCACCUUUCUUAAUCGAUCAGGAUACGGGUGAAGUGCAGCUGAACUUUGAUCCCCAGAAGGGCAUGAAGGGUUAUUUUGACUUUAUGGUGCUGGCCAACGAUUCGUUGGGUAUGCGUGAUGUGGCCCAUGUGUUCAUCUAUCUACUCCGAGAGGAUCAAAAGGUGCGCUUCGUCUUCCGACUGCAGCCGGAUGAACUACGUGCCAGGAUAGAUACGUUCAGAGACACUUUGGGCAACAUCACCGAGUCCAUUGUAAAUAUUGACGAGAUCAAGGUGCACGUAAACAAGGAUGGAUCAGUGGAUAAAACAAAAACAGAUCUUUAUAUGCAUCUAGUCGAGCGAGAGGACAAUUCCAUCUACGAGGUGUCCGAGGUGCUCAAGUUGAUUGACACGCACAUCGAGAGCCUGGACGAGCUGUUCAAGGAUCUCAACGUGCUGGACACGCAGCCUGCCGAGGCUCAGCUUCUCACAGCUGGCCCAGCCAAGGGUGCCAUGUUCGUGUGGUUGAUCUUUACGAAUCUCUUCAUGGCGUCCCUAUUGGUCGUCACCUUGGCGCUGUGCGCCUCCCAACGCAAGGGCUACAAAAGGCAGCUCCGAGCUGCCAAAGUCAACAUCUUUCGAGGACACUCAUCGAUGUCAAUGCAGCAUCCUCAUGAACCUGCAACUAGAGUUCCCAAUACCAACAAACACAGUGUCCAGGGCUCCAAUCCCAUUUGGCUCAAAGGCUACGAGAACGAAUGGUUCAAAACCGAAGAGAAUCUCAGUGUUGGUGGUCAGGACUCAUUGGACGACAAUUUCCUAGCUAUUGGGACUCAGGAUAUGCACGAAACGCUUAAGGGAACUGCGAAACUCUUUAACAAUACUAACGAUCUAAAUCGGCAUUUCAAUCUGUACAACCAAAUCGAUAAGCUAACGAAUAAUGCUCAAAUCCUGGCGCGCAAAUUGGAGACAACUGAAUUAUAGCGUCCAGAAUUCCCAGUCUAUUUAUUGUAUUUAUAUAUAGUUAAUAUAAUUAAGCGUAUCUUAAAAGUGAACCAUGUAAAUAAAUCGAUA